AUCCCCUGUAUCUGCUCCAACUUCAAAACUGGUCAAGUCGCCAAAGCCACGCUCUUACCAUCCGUUCCCGGAAACGCCCCUCCUCCUCCGUCACCAUCCUCCCUCGACCCUUCACUGUCUCGCGCUCCCAGUAGGGACAGUCGUGCGAAUUCACACGCCAUUAGCUCCAAUCUUCUUCCAAACACACAGAGGAUAGCCAAAUCUCUCUUAGCCAGUCCCCUCACUCUCGCUCCGUCUCUCUGUCUCUCUCCCCCGUGAUAAGGUAGUCCCUCUUCUUGGAUACCUCACAAGUCACGGCUUCAAGAAGCCAGUUGCUUCGUCUCUGCCUACAGCAAAGACCCAGAAAGUAAAAAAUGGUUCUUUUGCUCCGAACCCACUGAGAUUCUUGCGAAAAUGGCGGGAGAAGAGACGACCCACGAGGUGAAAUCAAGACAGAGCAGCCUCAAACGCGCCAUCGAGCGCUCGUGCUCGUUGAUUUCUCUGUCUCACUCCGUCAAAGUUUUCGCCUUGAAAUGGCAGCUCAUAAGGAACAAGCUCGAGGAAUUGAAUUCCGGGUUGGUCUCGAUCGAGGACGCCGGCUCCGGGCGGAACCCGGCGGUUUCAGGCUUGGUGCGCGCGUUGAUGGUUGCGUUGGGCGAAAGCGGCGAUCUUGCCAAAAGAUGCGUCGAUCUUUCGUACAGUGGGAAGCUCUUGAUGCAGAGUGAUUUGGACAUAAUCUUGGCCAAGUUCGAUCGUUUUGUGAAGAAUCUUGCGGAGAUAUAUUCGACAGGUAUUUUGACUCCUGCGAACGCCAUUGUUGUGUCUAGGCCUGGUCUUGGUGCUUGUAAGGAGGAUAUGAGGUUUUACGUUAGGGAUUUAUUGACAAGAAUGAAAAUUGGUGACACUAUGAUGAAGAAGCAGGCUUUGGUCAGUUUGCAUGAAGUGAUGAACGAGGACGACAGGUAUGUGAGGAUAGUUGUGGAGGUUGGUGGCAUUGUGAAUGUGUUGGUGGGCUUUCUUGAUUUCUCGGAGGUGGCGGAGAUUCAAGAAGAGGCAGUGAAGGCGGUUUUGGUCAUUGCCAGGUUCGAUUGGUGUAAGGGGGUGUUGGUUGGUGCAGGGAUAAUUUGGCCGCUGAUUAGGGUUUUGGAGUGUGGGAGUGAAAAGGGCAAGGAAGGGUCUGCAAGGUGUUUGAUGAAAUUGACGGAAAAUGCGGAUAACGCGUGGUCCGUGUCCGCUCAUGGCGGAGUCACAGCUUUGCUCAAAGUUUGUGCUAAUGGUAAUUCGAAAGCAGAGUUGAUUUGUCUUGCUUGUGGGGUGUUGAGAAAUCUUGUUCAGGUCGAGGAAAUUAAGAGGUUCAUGGUUGAAGAAGGUGCGGUUUCAACGUUCAUCAAGCUUUCGCAAUCAAAGGUUGACAAUGUGCGGAAUAGUUCGAUCGAGUUCCUUCAGAGCAUAGCAUCUGAAGAUGAUUCGAUCAGGCAAAUGGUCAUAAGAGAAGGAGGAAUUCGUGCGCUAGUACGCAUUUUGGAUCCCACAUUGCUGAUAUCAUCCAAAACCAGAGAGUUGUCUCUUCAAGCCAUCGAAAAGUUAUGCUUCUCCUUGCCAAAUUGUAUCGACAUGUUGGUGAGUUAUGGAUUCAUUGAGCUUUUGCUUAAUUUCCUUCGCAAGGGUGAAGUUUCAGUGCAAGAAUUAGCUCUGAAAGUGGCAGCCAAGCUAUGUGCCACUUCGGAGGAGGCGAAAAGGGCACUGGGGGAUGCAGGGUUCUUGCCCGAGUUUGUUAGGUUUCUCGAUGCAAAAUCAUUUGAAGUUCGCGAGAUGGCGGCGGAAGCGCUCUCAGCGAUGGUUCUAGUCCCGAAAAACCGGAAGAGGUUUGUGCAAGAGGACCACAACAUUGGAUUACUGAUUCGUCUCCUUGAGCCAGAGGAGGUAAAUUCCAGUUACAAGAAGUUCUUGCUUUCCACAUUGAUGGCGAUAACGGGUUGCCACAGGGGGAGGAAAAAGAUUGUGAAUUCUGGGCAUCUGAAAACCUUGGAAAAGCUCGCGGAAGCGGAAGUUUCGGACGCCAAACGGCUCGUCAGGAAGCUAUCCACUAACCGAUUCCGCAGCAUGUUGAGUGGAAUUUGGCAUCCUUAAGAAGCACCCUUCUAUUUUUUAAAUCAAAUUCACUGUACAUGUACAUCUAAAGUGUUUUCCAGGCAGGUCUGUCUCUUCCUCUUUGGUUUCUUCCCUUUCCCCUCUUCCAGAAAGAGAUUUUAGGACAGCUUUUUUGGUUGGUUUAGAUUGUAAUCCAUCAAGAGUAGUACAUGCCCAGAAAUAAAGCUGCUAUAUUGAAUAUUGCUUCCAAGAUA